AUGGCUCUGGGGCCUAUUUCCAAAGCAAACUUCAAUUCCAGUACUAUCUAUUCCUCCACAUUCUAUCUUACUGGAAUUCCCGGUUAUGAGACUAUACACCACUGGAUCUCCAUCCCCUUCUGCAUCCUCUACUUUAUUGGAAUAGUGGGUAACUGCACCAUCCUUCAUGCUAUUCGGACUGACCCAAGCCUCCAUGAACCCAUGUACUAUUUCUUGGCUAUGUUGUCCUUUGCAGACAUGGGCAUGUCCCUCCCCACACUUAUAUCUGUCCUCCAAGUCUUGUGGUCCAUUUCUAGGAAGAUUGAAUUCAACACCUGUGUAAUACAGAUGUUUUUCAUCCAUUCCUUCUCUUUUGCAGAAUCAGGAGUGCUCCUUGCAAUGGCCUUUGAUCGCUAUAUAGCUAUUUGUCAUCCAUUAAGAUACGCCACUAUUCUUACCCCACAACGCAUUGCUAAAAUUGGAAUAUUUGCCUUUCUUAGGAGCUCCCUCCCUGUCAUUCCAUUGAUGAUCCGGCUGACAUACUUUCCAUUUUGCCGAUCCCAUGUCCUCUCUCAUUCUUACUGCCUGCAUCAGGAUAUAAUACGCCUAGUUUGUGCAGACACCAAAUUCAAUUUUAUUUAUGGGCUAGUUCUGGUUACUCUAUUCUGGGGAUGUGAUUCACUGGGCAUCUUGGUGUCUUACAUCUUCAUUCUUCACUCGGUAUUGAACAUUGCAUCCUGGGAAGAGAGACUCAAAGCUCUGAACACAUGUGCCUCUCACAUCUGUGCUGUUCUCAUCCUUUAUAUCCCCAUGAUUGGUCUUUCCAUUGUUCACCGCUUUGCCAAGAAUGCCUCUCCCCUUGUGCAUGUUCUUAUGGCUCACAUCUAUUUGCUAGUGCCCCCAGUUCUCAACCCUAUCAUCUAUAGUGUGAAAAACAAGAAAAUUCGUAGAGGGAUCAUCCGUGUGAUUACCCCUAAGAGAAUCAACUCCACACUGAACUAA